AUUCAUAGUGGAGUAGUUAUAGAGCAUUGGUAGUUACCUGAUGGGUCUCGAGAUAUUUAAAUCUACAUUGUUUUCCCCCUUGAACCCCCCAAAUAUUGUCUUCCUUCUUUGCUCAACAAACCUAAGAUGGAGAACAGAUUGAAGCCAAUGGAUGCGGAACAGCUGAGAGAGUAUGGUCACAAGAUGGUUGAUUUCAUUGCUGAUUAUUACAAAACCAUUGAGAAUUUUCCUGUUCUCAGCCAAGUUGAGCCCGGAUAUCUUCGUAAUCUGUUGCCAGAUUCUGCACCUAAUCAACCAGACUCAUUUCAGCAUGUUCUUGAUGACAUUCAAACAAAGAUAUUGCCAGGGGUUACUCAUUGGCAGAGCCCAAAUUAUUUUGCAUACUAUCCUUCUAAUAGCAGCGUUGCUGGAUUUUUGGGAGAAAUGCUCAGUGCUGGUCUCAAUAUUGUUGGUUUCAGUUGGAUGUCAUCCCCUGCUGCAACAGAGCUUGAAAUGAUUGUUUUAGACUGGCUUGGUAAGAUGCUUAAGCUACCUGAAGACUUCCUUUCAGCAGGACAAGGUGGCGGUGUGAUACAGGGCACAGCGAGUGAAGCUGUUCUAGUUGUUCUAUUGGCUGCUCGUGACAAGGUUUUGAAGGCGGUUGGAAAGGGUGCACUUGGAAAGCUUGUAGUUUACGCUUCUGAUCAAACACAUGCUGCCUUGCAAAAAGCCUGUCAGAUAGGAGGAAUCCAUCCUGAGAAUUGCAGGCUGUUAAAAGCAAACUCUUCUACUAACUAUGCACUUUCACCAGAGUUACUGAGUGAAACAAUUUCACAAGACCUUGCUCAUGGAUUGAUUCCUUUCUUUCUAUGUGCUACUGUUGGCACUACUUCAUCAACAGCCGUUGAUUCUUUGCUUGCUCUAGGAAAGAUUGCCAAGAGUAAUGGUAUGUGGUUCCAUGUGGAUGCUGCAUAUGCCGGAAGUGCUUGUGUGUGUCCAGAAUUCCGUCAUUACAUUGAUGGCGUGGAAGAAGCUGAUUCUUUUAACAUGAAUGCACAUAAAUGGUUUCUAACUAAUUUUGAUUGUUCAGCACUCUGGGUAAAGGAUAGAAGGGCAUUGGUUCAGGCCCUCUCCACAAAUCCAGAGUAUCUCAAGAAUAAGGCCUCUCAAGCAAACAUGGUUGUAGAUUACAAAGACUGGCAAAUUCCUCUUGGACGUCGAUUUAGAUCACUAAAGCUAUGGAUGGUAUUACGACUGUAUGGCCUGGAAAACCUGCAGUGCUAUAUAAGAAAUCAUAUCAAGUUAGCCAAACAUUUUGAGGACCUGAUUACUCAAGACUCAAGAUUUCAGGUUGUCACUCCUCGGAUAUUUUCAUUAGUUUGUUUUCGUCUUUUGCCUUCUGAUGAUGAACAUCAUGGUAACAAAUUGAACCAUGAAUUAUUAGAUGCUGUAAACUCAACUGGGAAGGUCUUCAUAUCUCACACGGUUUUAUCAGGCAAAUACAUACUGCGGUUUGCUGUAGGUGCCCCAUUGACUGAAGAGAAGCAUGUGAAUGCAGCAUGGAAAAUCUUGCAAGAUAAGGCCACUGCCUUGCUAGGGGAAUGCUUAGGAUAACUGUGUUUAGUUUUACUGUUGUCCAUUUGGACCAUGUUCUUGCAUGAUACGUCAUUACUUAUAUUACUCUUUUUUUUUUGCUCUUUUUUGUCUUCUUUGUCCCCUUCAAUAAUAGCAUAUUGAUCAAGGAUCAUCUUAAAUCUUAUUUGAAAUGUUAUGAUGAACAACAAAAUAUUAAC